CUUUAAUGGCUCUGGAAUAAUAUGUUAAAUUCCAUCUUUUCAGAUAUAUAUUUAUUACAGUUUAAACCCUUUUUCUCCUUCUCCAUUUCCCCCAAUUUUUUCUACUUCAAAUCUGUAGUUCUUCAAGUUUAUUCUACAAAACUUCGUCACCAAAUCCGACAACGUUAGAAAGAAAACUUUCAGUUUUUGCAGCAGCGGACAUGGAUCUAGCUCCAACCACACCGUGGACGCUGCCGGAGGAAUUUCUGAAACGAACAUUUUCGUUGAUAAGCUCCGACAAGGAUCGAAACUCGGUGUCGCUAGUCUGCAAAGACUGGUACAACGCUGAGCGAUUGACUCGGCGGCAUGUAUCCAUAAAAAACUGCUACUCUAUUUCACCGGAAAUCGUAGCUGCUAGGUUUCCGGCGAUCAGUAGCGUGACGCUGAAGGGAAAACCUAGGUUUUCCGAUUUCAAUCUGGUGCCGGCGGACUGGGGAGCUGAUGUCCAACCAUGGCUAAAUGUUUUCGCGACUGCGUAUCCUUUUCUGGAGGAGCUGAGACUGAAGAGAAUGGUGGUGACUGAUGAGAGUUUGGAGUUUUUAGCGUUGAAUUUUGAUGGAUUCAAAGCCCUAUCACUCUUAAGCUGUGAUGGAUUCAGUACUCUUGGCCUCGAAUCCAUUGCUACUCAUUGCGAAAACCUAACAGAACUCGACAUACAAGAAAAUUCAAUCAUUGAUCUCGGUGGAGACUGGCUAAGUUUCUUCCCAGAAAACUUAACCACAUUACAAGUUCUUAAUUUCGCAACUUUAAACAGCGAAGUCAGUUUCGAAGCAUUAGAGAGUCUCGUUUCUCGAUGCAAAUCGUUAAAGGUACUAAAAGUUAACCGGAAAGUAAAUUUGGUUCAAUUGCAAAAGCUUCUUCUCCUUGCUCCACAGUUGACGGAGCUCGGCACCGGUACCUUCUCCGACGACCUCGACCCCAAUCCUACUUUAAUCACCGACCUUGCAAACACUUUCGCUAAAUGUCAAAACCUUCAUUCAGUUUCUGGUUUUUGGGACGCUACGUUGAUUUAUCUACCCAUUAUAUAUCCUGUGUGUGAAAAUUUAACCUUUCUGAAUCUGAGUUAUGCGAGUCUUGGAGCUGAUGAACUCGAACAGAUUCUUCCUCGCUGCAAACGCCUACGUCGCCUCUGGGUUCUUGAUACAGUUGGGGACAAGGGUUUGGAAGCAGUCGGAUCAUACUGCCCAUUACUAGAAGAACUCCGAGUUUUCCCUGUCUUCCCGGUUGACCCGAGUCAACCGGGGGUGACCGAGUCCGGUCUCGUAUCCAUAUCUCACUGCCCGAACCUCAAUUACAUCCUCUACUUUUGCCAACGAAUGACAAACGAGGCCGUAAUCACCACUGCCCGAAACUGCCCGAAUUUCACCCACUUCCGUCUUUGCAUAAUAACCCCCUACGCACCCGAUUCCAUAACCAACGAGCCAAUGGACGAAGCCUUCGGUGCAAUCGUCAAUUCCUGUUCCGACCUUCGCCGGCUUUCCGUUUCCGGCCUUCUAACCGACUUAACUUUCGAGUACAUCGGGAAACACGCGAAAAACCUCGAAACACUUUCGGUCGCGUUUGCGGGCGAUAGUGAUUUGGGCAUGGAAUGUGUGAUGAGAGGCUGCCCGAAGUUGAGGCGGGUAGAGAUACGGGACUGCCCGUUUGGUGACGUGGCGUUGCUUUCGGGGUUGGAAAGGUAUGAGUCGAUGCGGUCUCUGUGGAUGUCGGCUUGUAAUGUGACAAUGGAGGGGUGUAAGAAGUUGGCGGAAGAGUUGCCGAGGUUGAAUGUUGAGGUGAUUAAUGAAGAGGAAGAUGGUGGUGAUGAUUUUGUUGCGAAUAAGGUUUAUGUUUAUCGGAGUGUUGCGGGACCACGAAAAGAUGCUCCUCCGUUUGUUGUAACAUUGUGAGGGGCGUUUGGUUUGCAUAAUGUUUUUUUUAGGAAUGUAAUCGGUUAAAAGAAUUGGAAUAUGAAGGGAAUGUAAUUUGUCAUGUGUUUGGUUUAGGUUGGAAGGAAUAGGAAUGUGUUGUGUGUUGGGAAAGCUUGUCGAUACCCGAGUUGUUGGGUCGAAAAUUAACGUUAUUGUUUAACUUUAAUGAUUUCCAUUGUUUAUCUA